AUGUUUCAAGGACCUCAUAUGACGUACCGGAUCUUCCUCGGUAUCGUGCUACAAGCCUUACAGCAACUGACCGGUGCUAGUUGCUUCUUCUACCGCACCGUUGUGUUCAAUGGAGCCGGUAUCAAAAACACCUAUGUCACGCAGCUGAUCCUUGGCGUUGUCAAUUUCGGCACGACAUUCGGAGGUCUGUAUGUCAUCGAGCACUUCCAGCGUCGCAAGUCACUCAUAACUGGGGGCAUUUGGAUAUUCGUAUGUUUUAUGGUCUUCGUCUCCGUCGGACAUUUCUCCUUAAAUGUCCAUGAUCCUCCUCAGACUCCUGGUGCCGGAAAGGCAAUGGUGUUGCUGAGCUCUAUCCAUUGCGGUAUCCCGCGAGGGCCACGACUCCAAACUGGGUUUGAAGAUUUUCUCAUUGGUUUCUCCACCCCGUUUAUUACCGAUGAUGUAGAAUUCGCGUACGGUUACGUCUUCGCCGGAUGCCUGUUUGCUGGGGUCCUGGUCGUCUACUUCUGUGUGUUGGAAGGCAAGGGCAAAACUCCGGGGAAGGACAAGAUGUAUGUUAUGCGUGUCCCCGCAUGGAAAAAGCAGCAAAUAAGUACCUUCACCCCCGGAGCACCGUAUUAUCAUGGCGCAAGUUCUGAACCGGAGGACAACAGUGGGGAUUGA